AUUUGCAUGUCGUAGCGUGACGUAUGCAAUGCGCAGUUUGGCGUCUGCGCAAUACCGGAAGCAAAUAAAAGCUCUUUAGCUACAGCUACAUCUCUUCUAAAUAUUUGGUGAACAAGAGAUCGACAAAACAAACAGGUUGCUGCGGGAAUCUCUUGAAUGGAAGUGGCUAGGCCCAGUGCGAUGGGUCCAGAGAGAAUAUUGCCGAACUCAGAGGAGGAUCUAGUGCAGGAUCGACCUUUGGAUACCGCUGUACCAGAGGAGUGGAACGGAGAGGAUGAGGAUGAAGGAGGUGCUGAAGACGAGGAUGAAGCCAAUGAAGGCUAUUAUUAUCAACCUCUUAACCAAGACCCAGACGGGAUGAUGAACAACACACAGACAGAGGCUGCCGAUGAAGGAACCGUCGCUGACCAGCUACAGGAGGUCCAGGAGAGAAUAGAGGCCAUGGGUCUGUUCUUACCUCAGCCUCCACCCCCAGACAGUGAUGAAGAGGAGGACCUUGAAGGAGCAGCUGCUCAUAUGAGUCACGCAUCUAUUCCCAUGGAUGAAGAUCAUGUUGAACUGGUGAAACGAACCAUGGCCGCUAUAAAUUUGCCAACGCUGGGUAUCCCUGCCUGGGCCCGGGACAUCUCGGACGACCAGUGGAAGGAUAUGGUCCAGCAGACACUUCAGACCAGACAAAGCUCUGCAGGACUGAGACUGGAACGCAAGUGAUGAAGCUGUUUCAUCUCGUCCACUACAAACAUUAAAAGCGUCUGACACACAGUAGAAACCACGUGAAAUAUGGACUGAAGUUCUUGAAAUUCAAAUUAUUUACUUUUUAGUUGUUGUGAGUCUGAAUCCAAAGUUAUGCAGUGUUUAUAUCUUACUCUUAAAAUACAAUUAAUACUUAAAGUCGAGAAUUUUUGUAAGAUUGGUGGCUAUUGCGCAAAUGUAUAGACAUUAAGUGUUGUUUGAGUCACGUUUAUCUGAUUGUUAUCUGAAAUGUGCAUCUUGCACUGCUAAGACUACACACAUCACCAUCUCUUCUUUUCUUUCUUUAUUUUUGUUCUGUACAUACAUGAACAUCUGUACAAAAUAUGACUUUCAUACUAUGUAAUGCUCAACCUAAUUAAAGUACAACAUAUGUACAUAUGACCUGGAAA